AUGCUGGUCCGCUGCCUUCUUCCAAUGCAACUAGACACCGGCACUGGAACAAGGAAGUCGUCAACGCUGUGCUCCUUGCUGCUGCUCGUCAUCGCAACAUUCUUCGUGCUUGAAGUACCCGGACAGUCCAACAAUGACGGAAGCGUCGGAGUCGCCAAUCACAAAUUGAUUAACAAUAAGGUUACUCUCGUCAACUACACCAUCGAGGCUAACGAGGCAAACUUCAACUCCGAUGAGUACAGGAAGCGCUUCCCGAAUGCAUGUGAUGUUAAGAUCGACAGCAAAACCAUUGAAGUUCGGUACGACUACAACAGCACGGGAUGCAAUGUGGACUUGCUCAGCAAGAACAAAGGCUACAACAACAAGAUCAAGUUCACAGCUGGAGUGAGGAACAAAAGAAUGGGGCUCAAAUGUCUUGAUGUUGGUGGCAGUGUACAGCAUAGCUUUAACAAUAUUAUGCCGUUCGUCUACAGCCAAAACAAUGAGGUCAUCCAAGAGCUCAGCAAAGGUUCAACGAAGUUCAACGGAAAUCCCAACGGAGGAUGCAAAAGUGGAUGCGGAGGAAAGUGCUUGCAGUGGACGCCUCUCGAAAUCUCAUGGAGCAAAAAAGGUGCUGAUGUUUAUGCUUACACACGUUUAGUUGGCGAUGCUGAGCCGGGCAUAAAGCAGUCUAGAAGGCUUAUAAAAGAUGAAUAUAUACUCGUUUUCAACAUGACGUUAAAGAGCGCAAGUGAAUUCACGAUGGAGUUUGACGGACAGAAGACAUUCAAUAAUCAUGUGGAUAUUGCUUGCGUUUUAGGGGGCAAGCCCAUUGCUGAACCGAAAACAUGGACCAUCACAGACAAGGAUCUGAAAGGCGAAUAUCUCGUCUUCAGCCUGCUUCCAUUGAAUGCGUCUGUUGUAUUUGAUGGUGAAAACCUCGCGGGUAAACCACCACCCGGGCCGCAUUGUGAUCUCUUCAUCCAAUUUGACAGAACAUACUACGAACUGCUGUUUGUCUCUCCUCCGCCACAGACAACGACGACAACUACACCGACAUCAAACAUCUGUCCGACUGAACCAGCGGCUACAACGUGUGCUCCUUGUCCUUUGAAUCCAGUUCAGUCUCCAACUCCAGAGACUUCAACAUCUGCGGUCAAAAACAUCUCAUCACCAUCGACAAAGUAUCCAGCGGACAGCAAGUAUCCGGAGGAAUCCAAAGGAUGGCUGUUUUAUCUGAUUUUGGUUGCCGCUAUUAUUGAAGGCUUAAUCAUCAUUGGAAUCUUGGCAUGGUUCGCACGGUCCUGGAAGAAGAGAAAACACAGUUGCGAAAAAGAAUGUAUGACCUGUACCAAGUAUGAGCAGUACCUGUAUGGUGUGUACUCAGCUGAACCACAAGUUGGGGAGAAGAUCAAGACAUUUGCGGCAUGGAAGGAAGAAGUAAAAAAAGUUGGACGAUUUGGGGUCACUAUUCAAUUGCGUUCCGAUUGA